AAAGUAUCACAGAUAUGGUAUUACUAGAUAUAUCUCGCAUGGCCAUAAUAGAUGGCUUCUGCCAUUGAAAGCAGCUAUGAUGAACAUGACCGAGGUGAUCUAGAAACUUCAAACAAGUCUGAAACAUUAGAACAACAAGCAGAGCUUGAACAAGGGAGAGUAUGGAGGAGAGGAGGUACAGGUGUUCAGUCUGACAAAAAGAAUUCUGGACCCGUUUUGAGAACGACCGUGAAGCCAGUUAAAAGAUUCAGGCCUGAGUCAAAUACAGAUCGUUCGAAUCCAUCACCAAGUCGUAAAAAACGAAUAAAAACUUCAGCACAAACUGCUGUUGCAAGAUUAAACGAAUGUACUGCAUUAAUUACUGAAGGGACAUCAAAAGAAAAGCUCAACAAUGCAAAUUUUUCUCCAGACAGCAAAGGGGGAUGUGAGAAAGCUUCGACUCCUGACAAGCUAGCUUCAGAUGAAACAGUUAUUCCAGUAAAAAAGAAAAGAGUUUGGGAGCAGUGGACUGUGGAUGACAAAAAUUAUUUCUUUGAAGCUGUUGCUGUGUAUGGUAAAGACUUUGAAGCAAUCAGGACUGCGAUAGCACAAAAACAUCGCAAAAAAGGUGAAGAAUGUGUUGCCAAAACUAAAGAUCAAGUUCGGCAUUUAUACUAUCGUACUUGGACCAUGAUAAGCAAGAUCAUAGAUGUAGAUGCAUAUCCACUGACCAUCAACAAAGCAUUCCAAGAAUUGUAUGCUGUUAUUAAUUAUGGAGAAAUCAGGAAAAAACUUGGAGGAAAUUUGAAGAAAAAGGGAAUUGAAAAGUUGAAUGAAUUGAUUCGAGAUGGAACAACAAGUGUAAAAAUUAAAGGAAAGAAUUUCCGCAUUAAAACUCCAUCAUGUAAAGCUUUGAAAAAGAUGAAUCCAGAAUAUCAAGGAAAAGAGGGAGUUCAUGAUCUUCCAUUAGUGAGUGAUACCCGUCGCAUGAAAAUUCCUCUUUGUGUAACUCUCGAACUGUGCCCAGCUACGAUGUCUUCGUGGAAUCAAGUACAUUCAAUAGCACACAAUCCCAGACUAAGGAUUAAAUUGUCAAUGGAAUGCCAACUUUCGACAGUGUUUACCUAUUUGGAGAAGAAAUGGAAACCUUUGAGUGGGAGACUGCUAAAAGUUGCUGAUCAGUGCCAAUCGAAAAAUAACAAUGUUAUUGAUAAAUUACCUAAAAUUCACUCAAAUGUUCCAUCAACUUGGGAUAAAACAUUAGUGAUUCAGACUCCCCCAGAUGCAUCAGUUAAUACGCGGAUCAUGGUUUUUCAGAUAUCUAACAAUAAAACUCACUGUGUUGUAUCAUAUGCGCUUCGUAAAUUGUUGCAAAGUUCUGAAAAGACACCUGAUAAAAUGAAGAAUCAUGACAAAGUCAAUGAUAGGAAAGAAGAUUUAGAGAAUGAGGAUGACUCUCUUACUGCAUUAAAUUCUGAAGUUACAAGCGGUGUCAACUCUGAAUCAGAGGUUAUCGAUUCUUGCUUAAGUUCCGAGGAAGAUUGCGAUUACGACAGUGCCAAUGAGAUUUUAAAAGAUACCAACAUACAAAAGACUGGUAACAAUUGUCUAUCACCAUCAAAUAACUUGUCCAAUUCACCAAAUCGUGACGAUGACACCGGUGUACAGAGUUUGGAUAUUGUUUUCGCUAUGAAAGAAGGUGGUGUCGUAUCACCUAUUGACUCUACUCAAACAAGAGAUGUUUUACCUGAGGAGGUUGUGAAAUCCUCCUUACAGCCUGUGAGUGAUAAUUCUGUGCCUGAAAUACAAUCAAUUGAAACAGAAUCUAGUAACAUAGUUUCUGAGGCAUCAGUCUGUAACCAACCUGCAUCUUUGUCUGACACAAUUAGUCAAACAUUGGAAAUGGAAACGAAUCAUUCGUCUAAUGAAGAAACAGUCACUGAAACAAAUACUGAACUAUGUAAUGCUCCAAAACAACCCCCUGACAUGAUUGAUAAUUCUAUUUCAAAUCCUUCAAAUUCAGUCGAUGCUUCUGAAAACAGUAAUUUGAUUGACCAAGAAGAUAUCACAGUCGAACCAGUGUCGAAUAAAAUGACUGAUUGUACAUCUGAGGACACAUUUAAUGGAUUAAUAAAAGAAAAUAAAAGCUGUUCAAAAGCUAGAAAAGAUAAAAGGCUUGUGCUAUCUAUCAAACUUUUUGGAAAAUCAGGUGAAGUGAAAAAGCGCAAACCAACUAAAAAGUCGAAAACAGGCAAAAAAAAUGUUCAAACUUGGACAGCUAAAGAUUGCAGAAAAACAACAAUUGCUGAGAUUUACAUGAUGCUCGGAAAACCCUCUGUAUUUAAAUUGUGUUAUGAUUGGAUACAGAUGUCUACAGUUCAUACUGUGGAAAAUGAAGAGCCGACAUCAGAUUCAAGAGACAAUAUGUCAAAAGAUUCCAAUAAAGUUUCAUUUUCAACUGGUCUGAUGGCACUUAUUCAAGCUGCAAAGCUAACACAACUUGUUAGUGCCAAUGCUGCGGAAAAGAAAAGUAAUGCUGAGAGCUGCAAUCAAAAUGUUCGACCCAAAUCGCCAAAAAUAAAAACAAAACAUAUGGCGUCGCAGUGCGCGAUAAUAAAGCCUAAUCAAAAGAGUGAUGAUAAAUCUUCUCAUCAAUCAUCCUCAACAAAUUCUACCUCAUCAAAUACUCACAGUCGGAGAGUCGGCAAAAUUAUUCCGGUGGAAACUUUAAUUGUAGAUAAAUUUCCUGGAAGUGGAUUUGCUGUUCCCGCAGCACCUAUUACUAGACAACCUAGAAAAAUUGCAGCCAACCCUAAUCAGCCAAUGCAAGGAACGAGGGUAUCGCAAGAAACAUUGAAUUGGUUAUAUCGGGAUCGUAGAGCGAAUCGACAGGUCAGAAAACCAAUUGUUUUGGAUCGAAAUCUUCAAAAUAAGAAAAACAGCUUCAAACAAAUGAAAACAUUUUCAUUUGUACAACGUGGUUCCAACAAGAUUGGAUUUCUUCCAAGUAAACCAGUUCUGGCUUCAGUACCAACAAUGCCAGUCUCUCAGGACCCACAAAGGUUUUUACCCUCGUCAUCCUUGCAAGCGGAUACAUCAUCUGCUCUUAAUAUUGAUAAAUUUUUGGGACUCGAUAUUGACACAAAUGUAACACAACCCAACGUCAUAAGCUCCUCAAACUUGCUUAUUCAAGCUGCCAAAGAAGCUGGAGUCGCACCUCCCACUCCCAUAAAAAACUGUGACGCUCCGAUAUCUUCCAGUGUUGAUAUAUCCACGAUCAUUUCAAAUUCUUCACAAACUCCCAUAACACAAAAUGUUGUCACAACAACGGAUUGCGCAGUUGAUGUUAAUGAACCGGUUACCGCAGUGAAUGAAUUUAUGCUCAUUACUACGCCAAUUGUUGCCAACACUAAUACAACACUGACGGUGACACAACUCCAGGAUCUUCCUGGACUGGAUACUGCGUCUGUAACGACCCUAGCAACACCUUCCUUGCCAUCUGAUGUUGUCACAACAGGCACUGCAAAUUUAGCAAAUACUUUAUCGUCCUCACUAACUCCGGUUUCAUCUUCUACUGCCAUUGACUCCUUACUUGACAUUUCAUGGACGGGUCACGAGAUGGAAUCGAAUUCAUUUGCAAUUGAGUCUAUGAUGGACAAACUUGUUGGUGGGGAGAAAGACAUUGUGUUGACUUCACUCAAUAACAAAAGUAAAAAGAGUGACACAUUUGCCGCAAGAAAUUUAGAAAGUCCUUCACCUCUUCGAGUUCUGGAUGAGAAUUCGAAUGGCCCGUCACUUUCAAGAGACAAUUUUGAUUUGCACAUGACACCAAUGAAAUCAUCAGAUAUUCCUGUUCAUCCUUGGACGAUAAACACAAACAGCAGGGACAGCUUAGGAUUGAGUGGUGUACUGAAUACUCCUCAGAAGAUUUUACCCAGUGAUACAGAGGAUUCUUUGGAUGGUUUGAUGACAAAAUCGAAUCUUGACAACAGAAAAGAUCGACUGAGCAUUGCCUCACGUGAAAUUUCAUUUUCUCCGACUGAAGAAAUAAAAAAAUCAUCACCGACAAAAUUGAAACAAAGACUUUCAUCUCAGGAUCAAAGCUCAUCUUCCAACUUCCUGUCUGGGACUGAUCCAGAACUUGACAUCCAACUGCAGUGUAUGCUAAACGAAAACAGUGUUGAUUAUAUCUCAAAAUUUCAAGAUCUUGUUAGACAAACAACAGAAUAUGAAGAAAUGUCUGUAAUUGCCAGUGAUGAAAAUGCAAGAGAUGGUCAUAUCUCAACAUCGCCUAUGCUUGGAAAUAUUGACAAAUUGAAUAUGAAAGAGACCAAAGAUGACAGUUAAUUGUCGCCGAUUGGUUACCCGGAACUUCAUUUCAGACAUUGAAGAAAGUUCUGUGCAUUAUUUCCCAUUGCAGUCCCAUUGUGUGAAUUCUAACAUUCUAUUAUGGGCAACUAUUAAAAUUUUCAGCUCAUGUCUUGUCUUCUAUUAGUAGUUCGUGCUGGGAUGCCAAAUCCCACUUUUUCAGUAUUUUCCUUUAAAAAAGUUUAUUUUUUAGUCCAAGCACUGUUUUUACUCAUUGCAAAUACAAAAUUUCUCUGUUCUUACAAAUUG